AUGCCGUCCCAACGACCCUUCUUCCUCGCCUCCGUCUUCGCUGCCCUGCGCCAGCAGGACCUCUCCAUCACCCAGCAGCCCAACAAGUACGCCACGCAAACCACCUCCUCCGCCGCCUCAUCAACGCCGGCCAACGCCACCGCUACAUCCACCACCGCCGGCAGGACCGCAAAUGCCAGUAACAACGCCGCCUCGGGAAGCAAUACCGCCGCCGACGCACAAGGCCAGGCGCAGACCGCCACCCGCUCGGCCAACAUCCCCAUCCAGUACCCCUCCCGCCGCCGCGGCAGCGACAGCAGCAGCGAAGGGUUCAGGGACGUCAUCGGCGCCGACAAGUGGUACAUCGGCGGGAGGACCGCCGGCGGCGAGGAGAGGUUCUUCAAGCUCGGCGUCGUGAGGCGCGUGCGCAGCAACGACGGGCUGAGUCUAGAUCGGCUCAGCUUGUGA